GCUGGAUGCGGUCGAAAUACUGAUGGAGGAGUGUGUGGCUAUAAAAGCCAACUGGCCGAUCCACUUUGUGAUCACACGCGCUUUAACUCUCGCUUUCUACGCUCCCAAAAAAACGCAACCAAAAUGUGCAAGAUUCUUCCUCUCUUCGUCCUGGCUGUGCUGGUGGCCUGUGGCCACGCCCUGCCCGUGGAGCCCGAACGCGAGCCCGUGGCCAUCCUGAAGUCCGAGAUCAUCAAGAAAGUGGAUGGUGGCUAUAACACCGUAUACGAGGCAGCAGAUGGAACAUCCCGCAACGAGGAGGCUGUGGUGGUGGACAAGGGCACCGACGAGGAGGCUCUGGAGGUGAAGGGAUCCUACAAGUACAUCAACGACGAGGGCCAGGAGGUGGAGGUGUUCUAUACGGCGGGAAAGAACGGAUUUGUGCCCUACGGCAGCAUCAUCAAUCCGGAAAUCACGGCCGUUGCUGAGGCAGCCAAGGAUCUGCCCAAGCCGGAGAAGGUGGAGAAGCCUUAAGCAGCGUUCCUGACAUAGAUCUCGUAGAAGUUAAUAAGAUAAUGAUAAGUCCCAAGUCUUGUCGCUGGGCAAACUAAAAUAAAAACCAACACGACUGCGA